CCACCUGCUCUCCAUCUUGCGUCCUGUCCAUGUGUUCUGCGCUCGCCCAGAAGUCCGGAGAAGUCGCCGCGUGUCCCAUUUCCCCACUGAGAACCACAGUGAGGGCUCUGGGUGUCCCGGAACCUUGAAAUGGGGUUGGUGUCAUUCGAGGACGUAGCUGUGGACUUCACCUGGGAGGAGUGGCAGGACCUGAAUGCUGCCCAGAGGACCCUGUACAGGGACGUGAUGUUGGAGAACUACAGCAGCCUGGUGUUCCUGGGGCACUGUAUGAACAAACCUGAGUUGAUCUUCAAGUUGGAGCAAGGACUUGGGCCAUGGAAUGUAGCAGAAGCCUCGGGCAGGAGCCUUCCAGAUGUUCAUGUUUUGACUGAACCAAUUGGGAUCAGCCAGAAAAGUCACAAAGCGUGUGUGUGGCAAGCUAGAACCACCCAACACAAGGCAUCGAGUGAAAAGAUUGCAGGGCUAAAGGAGCAACAGAAGGUCCAUCGAGGGUCAAAAACCUGUGUAAGGGAAGCCCAUGGGAAGACAUUCUGUCAGAAGUCCCAGUGCACGGGGAUUCAGUUGUUUCCUACGGGUCAGACAGCUCUCCUUUACAAGGCUAAAGGUCAGAGACCUCACGAAGAGGAGAUGAGCCAUGAGUAUGAGGAAUGCAGGACAAGCAUCUUCCAGAACUCACAAGAUACAGUAUGUCAGAAAACUCUUAAAGACAUAAGGCUCUGUGGAUGUACAGAGUGUGAGAAAGCUUUCUCUCCCAACACACAGCACACAAGUCACCCAAGAACUCAUGUACGUAAGAGGCCCUAUACAUGUAAGGAAUGUGAGAAAGCCUUCUGCUCUCAGAGAAAACUUAAUUUACAUCAAAUAGUUCAUACAGGUGAGAAGCCCUAUGAGUGUCCAGAAUGCGGGAAAGCCUUCUCUCACAAGGCAUACCUCACUCAGCAUCAGAAAAUUCACAUGAGCAAGAAGCCUUACACAUGCGCUGAGUGUGGGAAAGCCUUCUACCGCUUAGCGCACCUUACUCUGCAUCAGAGAACUCACACGAACGAGAGGCCUUACGAUUGUACGGAAUGCCAAAAAUCUUUCCACUGCCGGUCACAGCUUACUCUACAUCAGCGAACUCACACGGGCGAGAGGCCUUUUGAGUGCACGGAAUGUGGGAAAUCUUUCUACUACAAGGCACACCUAACUCGACAUCAGAGGAUUCAUACCAAUGAGAAGCCCUUUGAAUGUGAAGAGUGUGAGAAAUUCUUCUACUGCCAGUCAGACCUCACUGUGCAUCAACGAUCUCACACAGGUGAGAAGCCCUAUGAAUGUACGGAGUGUGGGAAAGCCUUCUACAAGAAGUCAAAACUCACUCUACAUCAGAGGAAUCAUAUAGGCGAGAAGCCUUACGCAUGCACAGACUGUGAGAAGGUUUUCUAUUGCAAAUCACACCUCACUCUACAUCAGAUAAUACAUACAGAUGAUCACCCAUAUAUAUGUACAGAGUGUGGAAAAUGUUUCUACUAUAAGUCACAACUCGUUGUCCAUGGAAGAACUCACACAGGUGACAGGCCCUACAAAUGCGGAGAAUGUGGGAAAGGUUUCUCCCGAAAGCCACACCUCAUUCGACAUCAAAGCAUAGCUCACUCAGAUAAGAAUAAUCAAAGCAUAACUCACACAGAUAAGAACAAUUUGAAUGUAGCAAAUGUGAGAAAAGCUUCUGCUGCAAGCCACGGCUCACUUUACAUCAGUGAACGGGAGCAUGUGGCAAGCAUUUUGAAAGAGAAGAAUGCAGGAUAGCUUUAUACUUCAAGGCACAAGUAACAGCAGUGGACAACUCGGAUGAAGAGCCCUGUGAAUGGGAAGAAUGAGAAAACUUCAUACUCUAAGGCUGUGAAAAACAACUCUGAAAACAUGAGUUCAAAAUACAUAGUUUCUGAAAAUAUAAAGAUGUAAUAUGAAUUAUAGGAGGGGCUUCACAAACCUGAAUGAACACAGGCAGCUGCACUAUGACCCAGCUUGUCAGAAAGAUACAAAGGCAGGCAGAUUCCUAAGUUCAAGGUCAGCCAGGGACAGCAAGGAUAGGUUCAGGUGAGGUAGGAAUGGUAUCUCAGGACCAGAUCCCACCCAGCUAAAGUUACUGUCUGUGCUUAACAAAGACAGGCAGAUCUCUGAAUUCAUU